AAACAAGCCGUGGUUAGACUGAGGGUAUGACUCCGCCUAUUGAUCAAAGACCAUCCUCCUCCCUUUUGUCUUUUCUCCACUUUGUUAACUUCACUCAAAGCCUCGUGGAUUGCGGGCCAGCUGCGUAAAGCUUUUGGCGUGUCUCGGUUUUGCGCCGGUGGGACUUUGACGCAUCGCGUCUGAACGACUCCCGGAUCUCCCCCUUAUUCUCUUUCUAAGCUUCGGUUCAUGGACUGUAUGUCAUCAAUGACAGCGGCGAGGUUUGGAGCUAUAAUAGUGCACCGACAUAAAGCUUCCACAGGAUGAACUGCAAUCCGAUGAAGACCCUCACAGAUCCAGUGUUUCGAAGCAAGAUGCCCUUAUUUGAUGGCACGGUGCCCUCCACGAGACUGGUGAAACCACCGACUUUGUCUGGUUUCCUGGGUAAGCAGACGCUGCAGUACAAUGGGGCCUAUUUUACGUACGACCCCCGGGGGAAAGACGGCGCGGGGUUCACUCCUCCCAGGACCACCUCAAAGACCUCCCAGUUAGAUGGCAGACACCCCGUGAGUCACUUCGCUGGCAUGGAGGGUCCAAACCACGUGAUGUACAAGCAGGACCGGCCUUCAUCUGAGGAGAGCCGUCCUCGCUCCUCUUCUAAGCGUCCCAACCCGGCUAAACAGAGAUUUGUGCUGUACCCCAAGAGCCCUCAGGCCCGCAGCCCCACAGCCGAUCCAUCAGAAGCUGCCAGACCCCAAAAAUCUGGAGGGGAGAAUCUAUCCCUGUCCUCUCAAAACUCUGUUUUUAUAGCGAUUCCUAAGCCCGUUUACGGACACAGCCCCUGCUGUAAUGAGCUGGGCUGUGUCAUAGGGCAGCGGUACAAUUUGGAGCACGUCUCUCCGAGGAUGCCAAACGCCUUAUAUGAGCAUGAGUGGAUGCAGGCGGCGGCGCACUACGCGGAGAAGGUGCCUCUCCAGAGGAAAGAAGCCCCGCUGCAGCACAGGGACUUGCAGUUCGAGAGCAGCUCGGAGCAGCUGAGGAGGAUGACCGCCGAGGCGUACGGCCCGGGCAGCGCCAGGACCCUGCCGCCCGUGAUGGAGCCGGCCUACCACGGCUACCCCUGCCCCCCCCCGCGCGCGCUCUACGCCUCUUUGAACGAACACGGCCAGCCCGUGCAGACUUCUGCCGGAGGCUGUCCCAGCUUUUAUUCCUCCCGUCCCACGUACGAGCAUAUGACCUCAGAGGACUAUCAGAAACGCUCUGCAAUGCCCAAAUAUGGCCAGCUACCGCGGCACCCCGUGUUUUACUACUCCCAGACAAAUGAGGAAGUAGAAAGCAUGACACGGUGUAAAGAUAGUGGCAGCAAGCAGGGGGAAGAUGUCCCUCUUCUACAUAAACACGCCGUCUCAGUCCCCCGAGAGCAUUACAUACUCCCGCCGCCGCUUCAUGCCGAGAUUCCUUUGUCUUGCCCUGAAAUGUUGCAAAACCAUCCCUAUAUUCGGGGUUUUGACUACCCAUACUACGCAGUACCGAGAUUUCACGUAAGCGCGAGCCAGAUCAGAUCUCCCCUAACGAGGCAGCAUUCGUCUCCGAAGCUUCACCCGACUCACAUGAACGUUUCCCCAACCAGCCAACACAUGAAUCACCCUCUAUCCGUGGACAAACCCAGCAACAGCUUGCACGUCAACCCGCAACACAGUUCUCCAGCGUUCCUACAUGUGGAUCGGAGCAGCCCUGGCAGAGGAGUGAACCCACCUCCGGUCUCUCCGUCCAGCAUACAGGUGGGCAGGUUCUUUCACCCGCUGUCCGGCCUGCACAUCGACGCCUCCGUCCUCUCGGACUAUUCCCCCUGCGAGGUCCAAGUGAAACAGCCCGCCAGCCUUCCUGUUUCCCCGGCAUCGUGGCUGCCCCGCUCUCCCUGUCACAGUUCAGAUCGGAUCCACGCAGCUGGGCCGAAUGCUCGAAAAAUCAUCUAUUCCCCCGCCGUCCCAACAGGAAGUAAGCACAAUGGGUUUUUAUCCAAUGCAGGAACUGCCCCUCAUAAAAGGGGCCUGAAGAGAGGCAUUUCUCACUCAUCUCCACCUAUUAAAACAGAAGAAGAGGAUAAGGAUUUAUACGAGGUGGAAAUCAGCAACAAACAACAAAAGGUGGAAAAAGAGAACGUUAAAGAAGGGAAUAAAACGGACUCCCCUCCUAUGCCAGUUAUCGACAAUGUCUUUAGCUUGGCACCGUACCAGUCACACCUGCAGGCCUCAGCGGUGCUCUAUCCAGACAGGAUGCCUCAGAGAGCCCCCCAGAUGCCCGCGCAGCAAAGUGUUGACCAAAAGAGGCCAGAUCCAAAUGACCGGCAGCCUGUCGCCUGCCAAGCCUUGGAAGAAAUGUCCCCAGAUUACCCUGUGCAGAAAGAUGAUGACGACGACGAUGAUGAGGUCUUUGAACUCAAAACCAUUAAAGUAGAAAAAGUAGAUCCAUCAGACAUAGACAGCUCUGCAGAGAGCCAAAGUGGCUGCUGUCCAGUGACGGUCAAAGAGGAGCCUGAAGAAAGUGGUUACUCUGACUGUGGGUCCGUUUUGAAAGAGAAAUGCAAAUCUGUUGAAAUCGUAAGAAAUCCCUCGUGCACAGGCGAGAAUGACACUUUAAAUGAGUGUAAACCUGCAGAGUUGACUGCACUGGUACAGUCAUCAUCUCAGGUGGUCACCCCUCAACCCAAGUCCAGCUCUCCGCUUCAGCUGCCCGAGAGCAAAGUACAUUUCAAAAACAUUCCUCCUCACUGUCUUAGACUUUCCACCUACAAGAUGAUCAUCCCCGAUGGAAAACGCUGUAAAACCGCUCCGGCCCCGGAGCCAUCCCCACAGCCAGUGACCGUCCUCACCGCCAACCAGAAGCUCCAAAUGCCAGUCCGCAAGCACUUUCUGGAGCUCCAUCAUUCGCUGUGUAAGCUGGUGUCCAAAUCCGUGUCGGCCUCCUCGGAGCAAGACCUCAAAAGCUGGUUGUCUCGACUGGAAAUGACCGAGCCGGCGUCUCCGUCCAACAAAGGCCAGAAAGUGUCCUGCCUGUUGGGGCUGAAGGCCAGAGAAGUGUGGGUCAACGAGGAGAUCAAAUCGGAGCUGCGGAACGUCCUGGAGAGGCUGGGGGAGUACACCUCCCAGGAGCGCUGCCCCUUCCCCCACGUCAUGCGCACGGGGGCCGUGUUUCUGCCCAUGCUGGUGGUGAAGGAGCUGCUCUUCCCCAUGGUCCAGGGCGGCUUCAUCGACAAGGUGCUGCAGGAGCACCGGGUGGAGCUGCGGCCCACCACGCUCUCCGAAGAGAAGAUCCUAAUCCAGCUGCACAAGCGGGCCUGCUCCUCCAGGCUCCGCAGGCUGAUGUCCCUCAAGCACCUGCCCGACGUCUACACAGACGCCGUCAACCUCCUGUACUACACCUGUGUUUGCAAACAUCUGGAAUCAACCUCUCCUGAUGUCCAAAAAAGACUCCAGGAUUGAUUAUGGUUCCAGAUGUGAAAGACCAGGAGGGAGGGUGUGACGCGUCCCACAGCAGAAGGCCUCUCGCAUCCUCAGACGUUGCUGCUUCACCGGCCUCCCCAUCGCAGCCGCACGGUCCGAAAUGCGUGAAGGAACAAGAGCAGCCUCAUUUGAGCAGGCGUAGAACUAAAAGCAAAAUAAAGAGCAGUUCGAGGCGCAUGUUUACAGAUGAGGACUCGUCAGAUGAGGACGAGACCGCCGUUAAAGGGAAGACGGGUGUUAAAGGUGUUGCUGAUGAGGCUGAAAACGAAGGAACUGACCACCCAGUUCAAGAGCCAGAUUCUCCUGCCAUUUCACAAAGCGCCGCUUCUGAGAAUUCGUGGAUGUGUCCUUUAUCGUUGGACGAGGCGCCCCCGUCUCCCAGUGACGCCGAGACUGAUAAAUCCUCUGACGUGUUGCCCUACAGUCAGCCCUCAGGAGCUCGGGUGGAAGCCAGGAGUUGCUCGGGUAUGAUUCUGAAACUGAGGCGGAUGCUCAGCAAAGGCCAGAACGGCAAAAGGGCCCGCUACAAAGCCUGGUCGGAGGCCCGGGCGUGCGAUGACCCCUCACCCCAGCAGGCGGAGGACGAAGGGGCUUCGCUCAACCAAGGCGACCUGCGCUGGACGUCCAAAGCUAAACACGGGCCGCGGAGAAAAGGCGGCUUCUCUCACGCUUCUCUCAGGAGCUCCUCCAAAAACAAGCACGGCUCGCUUCUGAAGAUCAAGUUCUGUCCCUACCUGUCGGCCUGCCACAGCGCUGACCACCGGAGGCGCUGGGUCCUGCGCUCGGCCGUCCAGAGGGCUCGCGGGGCGAUGAGGCUCUACUACCCCGACCUGGUGGGAAAGAGGAUCCGCCAUCUUUACGAAGAGGACGACAAAUCAGAGGUGUGGUACAGAGGAGAGGUGCUGCGAGUCCACGAGGCCCACAGCAACCCUCUGCAGACUAUUUUUGAGGUCAGGUAUGACAGUGAGCCCGAGUGGAAAUACUACCUGGAGCUGCUCAUAGACUACAAAAAAGGCUGGUUGAAAAUUGACGAGUAGCCUCCACGUUUGCAGCAACCAGGUAGUUUUGGUCGGGCCGCGUGAAGAAUGAAGUUCCACCGGAUGUUUCUGUAAUGAGCUCACGCCGACAUUCCUCGUCACACGAAGCAACAAGGUGCUUUCUUUAUGGAUUGGUUCUUAAUCCAACAAGCGUCUUUAAAGCUCUUCGAUGCACGGUCGCUUUACUAGUUUAUACAGACUGCAGUUUGACGAAGGUCACACAUGUUCAUGGCAAGAAUUUCAAAAACCUGUGAACUUAUUUAUUUAGUGAGUCACUCUUUAGUGUAAAGUAAGUGACACGGUUAUGUUUUCAUGUAUAUCUUUAUAAUAAGAAUUUUGGCUACUUGAAAACUUUUUUCCCCCAAAGGUUUCACUGUCAAACAGUGUUUGUGUGUAUUUGGUGUGCACCCUUUCCUGACUUGUAUGUCAUUAUACUGAAUUUUUUAAAGCUUUAACCUGGUCACUUAUUUCUUUAGGUGUAACAGAAAAUGGACAGGCAUUAAUGAACUCAUCACUGAGCUGCUCAAGAAGCCUUUUAAUGAAAGACUUUGUUCCCCCCCCAUUGUUAUUAAAUGCUAACCCUCACAUUUUGCAAUAUUUUUUUUUAAGAUUGAAUUGAUGCCACUACCUUUCCAAAUAAAUAUUUGUAAUACCACUGGUCCACACUCG